CCGCACCGAGCCCCGUCGCCUCUGUGCGAGCGCUCCCAACAGCGCUCCCACGGAGAGGAGGGACGACCACGGUGCGAUGACCGACGGUCCCAGCGGCCCUCCCCUUCCCUGUUGGAACGGGCAAGGAAGGAGAAGCGGCCGCGCACACCGUCGGCCUCUCUUUCAGAAUCUUCCGGAGGCUCCACCCCUGGGGUCUCCCAGCAUCGACGUGCGGACGACUACGAGCGACGGUUCGAGGAAAUCGACCGCCGACUCGCCCAAUUGCAGGUGGACGGUCAGAAGUCUUCGAACGAUGUCGACUUCCAGACCGCCCAACCUCUCUCCCGACUGGUCCUCGACGAACCGAUUCCCAGUCGGUUCAAGAUACCGCACGUGGAGCCAUACGACGGCUCCACCGACCCAGUCGACCACCUCGAGAGCUACAAAGCUCUCAUGACGAUUCAAGUGGCAACCGACACUCUUUUCUGCAUCGGCUUCCCCGCCACGCUCCGCAAGGCUGCCAGGGCUUGGUACUCCGGUCUUCGAUCGGGCAGUAUCCAUUCCUUUGCGCAGCUCGAGCACUCGUUCGUGGCCCAUUUCAGCACCAGCCAAAAGCCGCCGCGAACGUCGGACAGCCUCUUCUCCCUCAAGCAGGGAGAAAACGAGACACUCCGACACUUCGUGGCGCGAUUCAACGCGGCCACGCUCGAGGUCCGGGGCCUCAACGAAGACAUGGCUGUUUCGGCCAUGAAGCGGGGUCUGAGGUCGUCCCGAUUUACUUAUUCUCUGGACAAGACCCUCCCCCGAACAUAUGCCGAGCUACUGGAGCGCGCAUACAAGUAUAUGCGCGCGGACGAAGGAGCGUCCGACCGACGCUUGGCGGAGCCCAGGGGUCCGAAGGAGAAGCGGAGAAAAGGCCGGGAGCCCGCCGAACCAAGCAGGCCCCCGACCAGUAGUCGGCUUUCUCCACCCCGACAGAUCCAAAAACGCUUCGACAAGGUGCCACCAUGCGACCCUAUCGGAGCAACGGAUCGCAAGGAUCAGCUUCUCUCCCUUCCCUAUCCUAUAUCGUGCUGA